CAGCAACCACAGCCAGGCCAAGCGGUUCGACAAGCUGGCCAGCGAGUCCGACAACAUUGCCGUCACCGUCGUCCGCGCCGGCCGGAGGCAGGAGGUCUCCAUAUUCGAUAUCCUCGUCGGCGACGUGGUGAUACUCAAGAUCGGCGACUCGGUGCCGGCGGACGGGGUGUUCCUGGAGGGUCACGGCCUGCAGGUGGACGAGUCGAGCAUGACGGGCGAGCCCCACCCGAUCGAGAUAGAUGCCGAGAAGAGCCCCUUCCUCACCGGCGGCGUGAAGAUCGUCGACGGCUACGGCCGGAUGCUCGUCACCGCCGUCGGCACCGACACCUUGUGGGGCGAGAUGAUGAGCAGCAUAACCAAGGAGGCGGCCGAGCCAACGCCGCUCCAGGAGCGCCUCGAGCGCCUCACCUCAAGCAUUGGCAAGAUCGGCGUCGCCGUGGCGGUGCUCGUGUUCACCGUGCUCACCGCGCGCCACUUCACCGGCAGCACCAAGGACGACCAGGGGAAGCCGCUGUUCAACAAGGGCCACGUCACCUUCGACGCCGUCUUCAGCUCCCUCGUCGUCAUCUUCCAGCAGGCCGUCACCAUCAUCGUCGUCGCCAUCCCCGAGGGCCUCCCGCUCGCCGUGACGCUCACUCUCGCCUUCUCCAUGAAGAGGAUGGUGAAGGAGAACGCGCUGGUGCGCCGCCUGUCGGCGUGCGAGACAAUGGGGUCCGUCACAGCCAUCUGCACCGAUAAGACCGGAACGCUGACGCUCAACCAGAUGAAGGUGACCGAGUUUUGGGUCGGCACUGACCAGCCCAGAGGUGCCACGGCGAUCGCCGGGAGUGUCGUCAGCUUGCUCUGCCAGGGAGCUGGGCUCAACACAACAGGAAGCGUUUACAAGCCGGACAACGUGUCGCCGCCGGAGAUUACAGGCAGCCCGACGGAGAAGGCGCUGCUGUUGUGGGCCGUAGCGGACCUCGGCAUGGACGCCGACGCGCUGAAGAGGAGCUGCAAGGUGCUGCACGUUGAGGCAUUCAACUCGGACAAGAAGCGCAGCGGCGUGAUGAUCAAGGACAACGCUACCGGCGCGGUGGUCGCGCACUGGAAAGGUGCCGCGGAGAUGGUGCUGGCGAACUGCUCGAUGUACAUGGACACGGACGGAGCGGCGCGUGAGCUCGGAGCGGAGCAGAGGAGGAACCUUGAGAAGGUGAUCAAUGACAUGGCAGUCGGCAGCCUCCGGUGCAUCGCCUUCGCCUACAAGCAAGUCGACAGCACUACUGAGCAAUCGAAGAUCGACGACGACGGUCUCACACUGCUGGGCUUCGUCGGGUUGAAGGACCCGUGCCGACCAGAGGUCAAGGCGGCCAUUGAAGCUUGCACGAAGGCGGGCGUCGCCGUCAAGAUGGUCACCGGCGACAACAUCCUCACGGCCCGCGCGAUCGCCAAGGAGUGCGGCAUCAUAUCCAGCAACGACCCCAGCGGCAUCGUCAUCGAGGGGCACGAGUUCCGCGCCAUGUCGCCGGAGCAGCAGCUGGAGAUCGUGGACCGGAUCCGCGUCAUGGCGCGGUCCCUGCCGCUGGACAAGCUGGCGCUGGUGCAGCGGCUGAAGCAGAAG